AUGGGGCAGGCGAAUUCCACGUUCGAAAGGCCACACUCGCCCCCCACCUCGCCCGUCGGCCGCUACAACUUCCCUCCGCCGCUCUUUCCGCCCUCCCCUUCCGCCGCGCUCCCCUCCCCGCGCCUGACCACUCCGCGCGCGUGGCAUCCGGACGUCGUGCGCGCGGUCUUCUCCGACAGCGACUGCGUGCACGACGCCGUGUCGGGCCUCUUAACUCAGUACGUCGAGAAAAUAGUAGGCGCCACGGAUGCCAACUACCGCGAUCCGGACUCCAUAGAAGCCAUCUUCCUUGGCGCUCCCGCUACCGCUGGCGGCGGAAGCGGCGAAGGCGGCCGCGAUGGCGGCGGAGGAGGCGGCGGCGGCGCCCACCAGGCGCAUUCCGCGACCGCGGCGGAUGCGCCAGAACUCCCCGGACGACGUUCGUCCCCCUCCUCCCCCACUAAUGGGGAACUUUCCGCCAAAUCUGCAGUAGCUGCAGCUGGGGGGGAAGGGGUUCCUACAGCCGCCGCAGCCGCUGCAAAUGCGUCACGCGCAGUUGCGAGUGAAUCCGUCGCGUCUCAGCCGGCGCUGCAUCCGCUGAAGCGGCUGUCCAGCCGGCGGCUCGUGGCGGCGCCCGUGGCGCGCGCGCGGGAGGCGGCGACGCGCGAGGCGCUGGAGCAGCUGGAAGGCGCGAUGCGGCAGCUGGCGCGCGCCGAGUACGACUGGCUGGUGAGCAAGAUCGCGGAAGCUUCUACGAUGGCGGCGGGGAAUAAGGAGGUGAGCAGCGCAAAUAACGUCGCGGGGGGCGGAGGGGGAGGCGCUGGGGGAGCGGGCGGAAGAAGCGGGCGGAGCAUUGCGGGGAUCGGGAGUAUUAGUCAACGGUUUACCCGAAGCACCAGCACUAGGUCCGGGUUUGGCCCGGCGAGCUCCCGAACCGGGAACGCAGGUUCGGUCCCCCCUCCUCACCCGUUCCCCCGAAGCUCGUCGCAGAAAGCCCCGAAACUUGGGCACAGUCGCUCGCUGUCGCUGGGGCAGGCGCUGUCGCACAGGCACGUGGGCAGCAGCCAAUCAGAGGCGCGCGCUAAGCCUGGCGAAAGUCGCACAGCAUCGCAGGGGCAUUUGGGGCUGGAGGCUGCGAAAGUGGAGGAAGUGUUCGUGGUGGGGCUGGCGAUGUGGGUCGAAUUCUGGAAGCAAUGGGCCAAACCUGCCAGCCACGGCGCCGAAGCUGCAGCCUCGGCGCUAGGCUCGGGAUUAGGCUCGGCGGGGCAGGGGGGGAAGCUGGGGAGGGGGGCCGGGCAGUGGGGGCGGAAGGGCGCGGAAGGGGGGCUGCGGAGUCUGAAGAAGCGGAGGGAGAGGAUGAGGCGGAAAGAAGGGGGGAAAGGGGGAGGUGCGGGGAAGGAUGGGGGAGUUUUGGGCAAAGAGGGGAAGGAGAGGGUUCUAGGGGAACUAGACACUGUAGCUGCCACUGCCAACCACUGUAAUGGGUCCCUCUAUGACGAGGAUUUCUCUAGUGACACUGUAAGGUUUGAUUUUGAAAAGCUUCCUAACGGAGCACUCUGUAACGAGGACAGCUGGAGCUCGGGCAGCAAUGGGUCGAGCGACGAAAGCACGUACUACAAUCUCAACGAGUACGGCGCUUAUAACGAGUGCAGUGCUUUUAACGUGUUCGGAUCUUGUAACGAGUACAGCGGCAGCUACAGCGCGAGCGGCAGCAGCGGGGGGGCGUGUGGCGUGCACGUGGCAGAGGUAGAGGGCGACCUGCGGGCGGAGGCCGGGCGGCAACUGCAGGAGCAGCUUUUGGCGGAUCUGCUGGAUGGGCGGCAGGGCGCUCUGGGCGCCAAGCAGGGCGCAUGGGGGGAGGUGUUAUCUGGGGGCGGUGGUGCUGGUAGGGGCGGUGUUGGUGGGAGUGGUGGUGGGGGUGCGUUUGGGUUCCGAAGCAGCAGCGUCGGCAGCAGCACCGGAGGGAGCUUCAGCAGGAGCAGCAGCUUCGGUGGAGGCGCGGGCAACAGCUUCGGGAACAGCCUCGGGGUUGGGUUUGGGAAUAGCCUCAGCAGCGGGUUUGGUGGCUACAGUAGCAUGGGGGAGGUGGGGAUAGGCAGCGGGCUCGGCUGUAGCAGCUACAACCCUUCAGUUGACAUCCUGAAACGGCUCAGAAGUAGCUCCUUCUCCUACUCCCACUCCCACCCCCUCUCCCACCCUCACUCCUUCCCUCACUCCUCCUCUCACUCCGCCCACCACUCGGCCAGCAGCAGUCCUGCAGGUACCCCCACUCCCUCCCCUCCUCCCCCGCCCCCUCCGCUGCAACACACUGAUGUGGUGCGGGUGCUGGGGUUGGCAGCAGCAGCGUCUAAUUGGAUGGAAGGUUAUGGACUGGAGGGGUACGGAAUGGGGGGGUAUGGGGGAGUGGCGACGCCUACAGGGAGUGUGACAGUGAUAAAGGGGUUCCGGGACGACGAGGAGAGUGCAGCAGGGAGUGUGUCAGGGGGCAAGGGCACGAGAAGCAGCACAGGGGGUGGCGGCAGCAGCAGUACCUCACCACUGCUCAAUGGAGUCAACCCGGCUCUCUUCCAGCGCCAGCCUUCCUGGGCCUCCGGCAAGCCUGCUGCUGCCACUGCCACUGCUGCUGGUGCCCGUUCCUCGCUGUACCGUCAGCCGUCCUGGGGUGGCGGUGGGGGAGACAGUGCGUUGUUUCAGCGCCAGCCGUCGUGGCAGGGGGGUGCGUCGCCUUUCCAGCGGCAGCCGUCCAUUGGCUUCCGCAACAAGAUCGGUGCCUUGUUCCUGGGGGACGAGCGGGGGGCAGGAGGGGACGGUGCGGAGGAGGAGGGCGGCAUGGGAGAUCCGUCGAGGCUGUGGAGGAGGCACGGGACGAUAGGCUCGGGUGUGGGUCGGGCAGGAAGCAUGUCCAUCUCUAAUGCUCCUGCUCCCAUGCGCCGCGCCACUGCUGGUGCCGCCACUGGUGCUGGUGGUGCUGGAGGGGAGUUAGCAUCCUCUGCAUCUGUCUCUGCUGCAGGGUUCUUUGGUCCCACGCGACUCACAGAGCUGGCAGAGCUAGCACUCGUGCGAUCCAUUCUCCACGCCCCUCCCAGCACCACGGCUGGCAGGACCAGCCUAGCUCCCACCCCUCCCAACACCUCUCCCCAUGGUCCUUCCAACGCCCCUACCAACGCCCCCACCACCAACCAGUCCACUUCCUACUCACACCGUCUUCGCCAGCUGGACUCGCUUCUCACCACGCACGCGCUCGGCCCCGGGAUUCUCGCCCUCGUUUUGGCCGGGGAAGUUGCGGAACUACCCCAUUUGACCCAGGAGGACCUGUGGCUUUUAGCCGAUAGAGCAGACGAGAUGGGGUGUAUGGAGGCGGCUAUAAGAAUCUCUCUUAGGGCCGCCGCUGUCGCUUAUGAUGAUUUGGAUACUGUAGCGGAUACGGUCCGGGCGGCGAUGGUGCCUAAUGGGACGGAGCCCGUGCCGCAGCGGAUCCACCGGCUGCUCGGGGCGGCGCAUUUCGGACUGACGCACGCACCGUCGGGCGGCGUGCGGUGGCAGUAUGCGAUGGCGUUCGGGGCGGCGUUUUUGGAGCCUCUGCGGGCGGCUGCUGCUGCCAGUGCUGCUGCUGAGGCGAGGAGCAGAGCGCUGGGGUGUGGCAGGGAGUGGGGUGGCAUAGGCGGGGGAAGAGGAGGGACAGGAAUGGGAGUGGGAGGGGGCUUGGGGUCUGGAGGAGCAGCAGGAGGAGGAGUACUAAGAGCAGGAGGAGAGGCAGCAGCAGGGGGGACAGCAACAGCGGUAGGAGCAGGGGAAGCAGGGGGAGCAGCGAGGAGGGGAGUGAGUUACCCGUGGGCAUACGAGCUGGCAAACGGGUUUCUGCAGCUGAGUCGCGUGUUCGGGGCACCACCGUCUCGCGAGGAGCAGGAGCGCGCGGGCGAGAUGAGCGCCCUGUGCGCGCGGUUCGUGCUCAGACUGGCCAUUGAGCCGCUGCUGGUGGUGGAAGAACAGGGGGAGGAGGAGGGGGAUGGGGAGGAGAAAAAGGAGGAGAAAGGGGAGGAGAAAGGGGAGGAGAAAGGGGAGGAGAAAGGGGAGGAGGGGGUGGAGAGGGGAGGGACCGAGGGGGAAGGGGGAGAGGGGAAAGGGGCCGAGGGGGAACGAAUGGAGGUGGAAGGGGAAGGGGAGGGGGAGGGGGAUGGGGAAGGGGAAAGGGACGGGGAUGGGGAGGGGAAGGAGGAGAAAGGGGCGGACGGUGUGGAGGGGAAAGGGGCGGAGGGGGAAGGGGCGGAGGGGAAAGGGGCGGAGGGGAAAGGGGAGGAGGGGAAAGCGAACGGAACAGAAGGGAAGGGGGACGAAGAGAAAGGGGAGGAGGGGAGGAAGGGGGAGGUUGAGCGGGACAGCGAGAGGGAGACAGGUAGAGAGGAAGAGGGGAAUGAAAGCGACGGUGACGGCGAGAACGUGAUCAUCUAUGCCGGGCAGUACUAUGGGAGCAGUGCGGUAAAGCGCGAUGGGAAGAGUGUGCGGCCGUUCCGCAGCAAGAGUGUGCAAUCGGGUGAUGGCAGCAAGAGUGUGCGGCAGUGCGAUGGCAGCCGGGCAGGAGAGACCGGGGAGAUGUUUGAGCUUGAGCCGACUCAUAGGUCGUUCCGCAGCAAGAGUAUGAGAUUGGGCGAUGGGGGAAGCAGGGCAGAAGAGACGGGCGAGGGGCGGGCGAUUGCGAGCUUCUUCACAACCAAGGAAAGCGCUCUCAAGGCGGUGCUGGAGCGAGGGAGUGAGGAUGAAGGCGGUGUGGAGGAGGAGGGUGUGAAGGAGGUUCGGGAAGGACAGGGGGCUGUGGAUGCAGGGGCUGUGGGUGCAGGGGCUGAAGGAAGAGGGGGAUGUGAAGAGGGGGUGAAGGAAGGAGGUGCAGAUGGGGCUUUGCAUGGGCAGCGAGCGGUGAGUGCGCCGCGGGCUCUGAAUGCGGUGAGUGCGCCGGGGGCUCUGCAUGCGGUUUUGGAAGGAGAGGAGGCGGGCAGUAGGGUUGACAAGAAGAGUGAGGAGGGGAGUGAGGGGGAGAGGAUUUAUGGAGAGGUGUGCGAGGAGGGGAGUGAGGAGGAGGGGGAGGAAAAGCAAGAUGAGGAGGAGGAAGAGGAGGAGGAGGAGCAAGGCGAGGCGAGCUUCUCAUUCGCUAAAACCUCCACCAUACAUUCACGCGAAUCCUCCUCUCCCCAACAACCACUGCCGUCCCUCCCGCCCUUCACCAUUUUCCCAAAAUCCUCCUCGUCCUCCUCUUCAGCCUCUACCACUCGCACCUCCACCUCUCUCGCCUCUUCCACCGCUACUGCCACCACGUCCACCUCAUCCCGCCCUCCACCUUUCUCCCUGCACACCCAAAACGGCCGCAUCACUCCCCGACCCUCCCCGCUAGGCUCGGCAGUGGCAGAAGGCCCGGACGGCCUGCCGGCCGAGGCUGAUCGGGAGGCUCGGCAGCGGCAGGUUCGGGAGGCGGCGCUGGUUCGGUGGGCGGCGGAAGUGAGUUUCCCAGGAGUGGAGGUGGGGUGGGCGCAGUGGAAGGCGGUGGGAGGGCUGCUGGAGAGGGAAAGCGCACUGGCACAUACGGCUCUGCCUGUCAUGUGGGGGAAGGCAGUCAAAGGGACGUUCAAGAAGCAGAGCGCGUUGGCUCACAAGGCUCUGCCUGUCAUGUGGGGGAAAGCGGUCAAAGGGACGUUCAAGGCAUUGACAGGGAACCAUUCCAGAGCAGCAGGUGCUAGAGGUGCUCGACUGGGGGCUGGAGACACGCGGGCUCUUGAGAACACGCUGGCUCUUGAGAACACGCUGGCUCUUGAGAACACGCGGGCUCUUGAGAACACGCUGGCUCUUGAGAACACGCUGGCUCUUGAGAACACGCUGGCUCUUGAGAACACGCUGGCUCUUGAGAACUCUCAGAAACCAACUUCCCACAGUGACACCAUUUUUCAUACUCACCUCUCGCUGACCCCCUCACAAUCCUUAUCCUCUCUUUCCCUUCUCUCCCUCUCCGCUUUCUCCCCCGCCCUUCUCUCCUUGUCACCACUGCAGGCAGUGACGCCAGAAGGGGCCAUACCAGAGCAGCAGGUGCCAGCGCCAUCCCCCCCACAAUCCGUCUUCUCCCUCUCCGUCAUUUCCCUCCCACCCCCACAGGCAGUGACGCCAGACGGGGCCAUCCCAGAGCAGCAGGUGUUAGAGGUGUUCGACUGGGGGCUGGAAGGGCUGCUCAUCACGCUCACCACCCUCACAUCAUUCCUGUCUCCCUUCCUCCACCCCUCUCUCUCCUCUUACAGGCAGUGA